AUGGCAAACAUCUACUAAUAAGAAAAUAUGCUUACAACCAAAAAUUUACUGAUUGAUGAUAAUCUUUAAUAUAAUGACAGUUCCUAUUAUUCUUAACUUGGAACUUUGACUUCUACUUAAACAAAUGAUCAUAGUUAUCUAAAAAAUUCUGAUACAUCAGAAUGCUCCACUAAGAAACUUUUAGUAGAUAAGUAAGAUGAAAAUAAAAACGAAAUGAAUGAUUAAUACUUAAAAAUUCUGGCUAUUCCUGAUAUAUUUUCAUUUUAAAAUGAUGAUAGCUUCGAAGAAUAAUUUAAAGCUUACUAAGAAGAUCAACUGCUGCAAAAAAAAGAAACAAACAUUUUCACUGAUAAUAAUAACUAUAAUUAAUAUCAACAAAUUCAUGAAAGCCCGCUCUUCGAUGAGGAAGAAAGCAUUAAAUUUUAAAAGAAUGAGUAAUUUUAAAUGAAUUAAUAUACUUAUCAAGCUUAAUAAUUUGAAAAUAAUUCUUUUUAUCCUCAAUGCGCCAAUUAAUAAUACCAAGUUAAAUAAUAAAAAUAUUCAAACUAUUUUGACAAUUAUAUUUAUACAGAAAAUGAUUUUGAAGAAUAGGAAGGUCUAUUUAAUUAAGAAUCUUCUUAAUAAUAAAAUUAUAGUCAAUUUGAAAUUUAUUAACAGAUGAAUUAAAAAAUGUUUAACAAUAACAACUUUAUUCCUAUUAACUUUACAUAAACAUAAGAAUAAACAGUAACUUUAUAACCAUUAAUUAAUGGCUAAAAUACUCGAAAUAACUGUUAAAUUGAAUAAAUUAAACCUAUACAACUUAAUUAGCUUGAAGAUAAUUAAUAAUAAUUAGAAUAAUAAUAAGAAAUUCAAAACGAUCUCUAAAAAUUUGAUGUUUCAAUUGAGAAUAAAACAAUAGUUUCAAUUGAGAAUAAAACAAUAGUUUCAAUUGAGAAUAAAACAAUAAAAAAAAGAAACAGAAAAAGAAAGCAAAACUUAGUAGGAGAAGAUUAGUGCUAAGAAACUAAAAAUAUAGCAAAUAACAUUUUCAUAUUUUUAUUUGAAUAGAUAAAAGAAUAUGGUUAUGAAAUAAAAUAAACUUAAAAAGGCUACAUAUCUAUAAGCAACUUUAAUAAAAUUUUGACUGAAGAGUUGAAAAAAUAACCUGAUUUAAAGAAAAUUUUAUUAGAUAUUGUAAAUUCAAGCUUAAUAAAAAAAGCAACAAAUACUAAUAACUACAAAACAAUGUUCAAAGUUAUUAAAUAUAAAGCAGGUCUAGAAGUCAUGAUACAGAAUCCUGGCAAAUUUAGAUCAAUAAAAGAAGCUACUAAUUAUGCUUUUUAAAAAUAAUAAAAAUGA